GCGCAUGUGCAGUACCAUUUUUUCCGUAGCAAGUAAGCUAGCAAACGUUGCGGGAACGGGCGGACAGCGGGGGUUUCAUUCACUGCUUUCUCGAAUUUUUCUCUCCUUAUCCCAUUUCCUCAUUACACAUUGCUCUAUAAUACAGCAGUGUUUGUGUUACUGUGGGAGAAAAGCGGAGAAAAGGGUGACCCGAAAGGGUUUUUGUGGAUUUAUCAGCGGUCUUAUCAUAAGAGGCACUCGGACGCACGCCGAUGGCGGUCACUAUCGAGGAGCUGUAUCGAAGCUACGGGGUCCUCGCUGAUGCUAAGGACAACGUUAGCCAGCACAAAGAUGCUUACCAGGUGAUCCUGGAUGGCGUGAAAAGUGGCGCUAAGGAGAAGCGCCUGGCAGCACAGUUUAUUCCCAAGUUCUUCAGCAGCUUCCCAGAACUGGCUGAUGCAGCCAUUCAUGCCCAGCUUGAUCUCUGUGAAGAUGAAGAUGUAUCGAUUCGACGACAGGCUAUCAAGGAACUCCCACGUUUUGCAACAGGCGAGAACACUCUUAGGGUGGCAGAUAUUCUCACCCAACUUCUCCAGACAGAUGACACGGCAGAGUUCAACCAAGUGAAUGCAGCACUCAUUUCCAUCUUCAAGAUAGAUGCCAAGGGUACUCUUGGAGGUCUCUUCUCCCAGAUCCUGCAGGGAGAGGACAUAGUGCGAGAAAGAGCCAUUAAGUUUCUGUCAGUCAAACUUAAGACGCUGCCGGAGGACGUCAUGACCAAGGAAGUGGAGGACUAUGUCUUCUCAGAGACAAAGAAGGUGCUGGAGGAUGUGACAGGGGAAGAGUUUGUGCUGCUGAUGCGUGUGGUGUCUGGCCUGCGGGUGCUGCAGACGGUGAAUGGGCGCCAGCAGCUGGUGGAACUGGUGGUGGAGCAAGCCUUCUUGGAGCAAGCCCUCAAUCCUGCAGACCCUGACACUGUGGACCGUCUCCUGCAGUGCACACGGCAGGCCCUGCCCCUCUUCUCUAAAAAUGUUCAUUCCACACGUUUUGUAACCUACUUCUGUGAACAUGUCCUGCCCAACCUCAGCACCCUCACCAGUCCUGCAGCUGAGCUGGACAUUCAGUUGGAGGUGCUGAAGCUACUGGCUGAGAUGAGUCCGUUCUGCGGAGACAUGGAGAAGCUGGAGGCUAACCUCAACAUGCUGUUCAACAAGCUGCUGGAGUUCAUGCCUCUUCCUCCAGAGGAAGGGGAGAAUGGGGAAAACACAGUGAGCGAAGAGCCCAAACUACAGUUCAGUUAUGUGGAGUGUCUCCUCUACAGCUUUCAUCAGCUGGGCAAGAAGCUGCCCGACUUCCUCCUUGACAAGGUGGAUGGUGAGCGCCUCAAAGACUUCAAGAUCAGGUUACAAUACUUUGCCAGAGGCCUGCAGGUAUACAUCAGACAACUACGAGUAGCACUACAAGGAAAGACAGGAGAUGCUCUGAAAACAGAUGAGAACAAGAUCAAAGUAGUGGCUCUUAAGAUCACCAACAACAUCAAUGUCCUCAUCAAGGAUCUUUUCCACAACCCUCCAUCAUAUAAGAGCACAGUUACACUGUCGUGGAAACCUGUCCAGAAGACGGAGGCAGUAGCACCCAAGCGCCCAUCAGGUGAGGAGAUGGGCACUGGUGCCAGCAUGAAGAAACAGAUCACUCCUCUGCCCCGGAGGGACGCACGACAAAUUUACAACCCCCCCAGUGGGAAAUACAGUGCCACCAUCGGCAAUUUUAACUAUGAGCAGCGUGGAGGCUUCAGGGGUGGACGGGGACGAGGUUUCGGAGCCAGAGGCAACAGGAGCCGAGGCCGAAUCUACUGAGAUGAAAUAAAAAAAGACAUACAUUCACUGAACUGCAGCACAUCAGGAUUUUUGCCGUAUCAAGGCGAACUACCCUUCGUCCACUUCUCCUGUUUUUAACCUGUCCACACAUCUUCUGUUUCUGUCAUUCAAACACAUUUCCAGGAUGUAGUCUUUGUCUUCAGGAUCUCCUUCAUGGAGAACAGGCUUGGACUUUUCUACCCACCGCUUCAACAUUUUCCCCCUUAUUCAACUCGGCCAAGGCGAUAGCUCAAGUAAACCCUCCUUUUUUCAUUUUUUAAAUAUUAUUGCGUGUAUUUUUGUGGAACAAAAGACUGCCAAGUUGUAACUGAUCAAUAUUUUUGUCUGAUUGUUGUAGGAAAAGAAAAAAAGAUGUUGUUUUUUGCAUUAUGUUGAUGAAUGCAUUCUUUCUACCUUUUUAUUUAAUCUUUAAGUUUUUUUAGAGCUUGAAUUCGAUUGGCUGACUAUUGCUACUUUGUAUGAGUCAGUGGUGUUUCAUUGGAUUUUUAUCAUAAACAUGUUUGGAAGUAUCACCUAUUGUCUUUUUUUUUGUUCAUGUAGCAGUUGAUAGUAGUUGAACUGCAUACCCCAUUCAGUUCAAUUCAGUUUUAUUUGUAUAGCGUCAAAUCAUAACAAAAGUUAUCUCAAGGCGGUUUAGAGUAACCCAAUUUUAUUUUCCCUUAUUGGCUUAUUUUCAUUGUACAAUAUGACUUAAAAUGAUUUCAGACUGCGUCACAAGCACAACUGAUGUUGUUUCAGUAGUUUUGCAUUAAAACAAGAUGAUGGAUAAAUUUU